UCAUCCCACCUUGCAUAUAUAUCUGUUCCUGUAUCUUGCACUUUUUCCCAACACCAUCUACAAAUUUCUUCUUGACUUUUUCCUCCAUAGUUUCCCACUCAAAUCCUGUUAUAUCACAAGAAAAUGAACAAGGAAAAUUCAAAAGAGAAUAUUUAUUUUCCCCAAACAUCCAAAACACAUUUAUAGAUGAACAGCCCUAAGUUCUCUUGCAUGCCAAAACAGUUUGAAGUUGAAAGAAAAACAACCCUUUAUUCUUUUUGAAGUUCUCUUGAUGACAAUAGAGGCUGUAGAUCCGGCAGAGCAAAGGAGAUCAAGUAGGGUUGAACAUAAUGUUGAUGAGGUUAUUAAGAAGAAGAAGAAGAAGAAGAGGAAGAGAUGCAAAAGAAAGGUGAGCAUUCAAGUGAAGAGGCCUGUGAAAAUGGUUUCAAGGACACUGCAGAGGCUAAUAGAUUUAUGCCAACAAGUUUUCAAGGGUCCUGGCACUGUUCCUUCACCCAGUGAUGUCCGAAGAUUGCGCCACAUUCUUGAUUUUAUGGAGCCAGAAGAUGUGGGGCUGAGUAGGGAUCUGCAAUUUUUUCAACCCAAGAGUGUAGUCGUUAAAGAGAAUCGCAGAGUUUCAUAUGCUACUAUCUACAAAUGCCAUAAUUUCUCUCUUUGCAUUUUCUUUCUCCCUGCAACUGCUGUCAUACCUCUCCAUAAUCACCCCGGGAUGACUGUCUUCAGCAAGCUUCUGCUCGGAACUAUGCACAUUAAAUCAUAUGAUUGGGCCGAUACUCAAUAUUCUGAUAAUUACGAUUCACCUUCUAAAUUGAAACUGGCAAGGCUGAAAACCAACAGAUGCUUCAGAGCACCAUGUGAGACUUCUGUAUUAUAUCCAACAUCAGGAGGAAAUAUCCAUGAAUUUACUGCUGUAACACCAUGUGCUGUUCUUGAUGUUCUUGGACCUCCCUACUCUAAAGAUGAUGGCCGGGAUUGCACAUAUUACAGAGAGAAUCUAUAUGGUACUUUGUCAAAUAGAGAAGAAUUUACCAAAACGGAAGAUGAUGGGAAUCUUUAUGGAUGGUUUGAAGAGAUUGAAAUGCCCCAAGAAUCAGAAAUGGAAGGAAUUCCGUACUUGGGUCCACAAAUUGAUGAAUCCAUUUCCUAGCACGUUCCUUUUCUUCACAUAAAAGGAUACUGCCUACCCAGUUGGCUUAAGGCUCUCUUUAUCUUUAAUUUCUACACUAUCUAUUUCUUUUAACUGGUUUCAUUUUCCACUUUCUUGUACAUAUUGGACAGUAUCAAAACUAUAGCUUGGUGUAUAUCAUGUUUUGAUACUCCCAAUUUAGACUGCCAUUCAUAGUUUUUUUCGAAUCA